AUGUUAGGUAUUCAGGAAGGCCGGGUCUUUAAUACCUUCACCUCAAGAGAGGCCAACGAGGAGUACUUGAAGCUACCCAGCAGCUUGCCUAGUCUAGACAGCGUGUACACAUACUUUAGCUCGUUUUUGAAUGCCUACUCCGCGAGUUCCCUCCAGCAGGGAAAGUUAAAGAGGAUUUUACUUGAAAAUAUCAAAAACAACAACUAUCUACUCGAGUUGAAGCUUGAUGACCUUUUCCAAUUUCAAAAUGUGGUUGACACGUCUUCGGAGAGAGAAGAAAACUCAAUCACCAAGCAACUUCGGGAUAUCCACGUGUCAUCGACUGAGGAUCAGUCAGAUAUGCGUGAUACCAAAAAACUUCCGCCAUUUUACGCCCAGGAACUCGUCAAGGUUCUUACUGAGCGCCCCUUGAUUUAUCUAUCAACGAUUGAAAAAGUUUGCUAUGAUGUGUGUAAAUUGCAUCAUAACUUUGAAGAGGCUGAGAACCAGUUUAACUUUAUUCAAAUCAACCUAUUGAACACAUUCUGCAAGCCAACACCUAUAAGGUCCCUAUUGGCAUCGAAACAGGAGCGUUUUGUCGUUGUUCCUGGCAUUAUUGUCCAGGCAAACAGAACACAACACAAGAUGAAAGUCUUGACAAUUCAGUGCAGAUAUUGUGGCCACAAGAUGAUUUUGGAUGUACCAUUAUGGAUAGCCAAACCACAAAUUCCAAAGACAUGCAGAUAUUCGUCCGUAAUGAAGUCGAUUGGCCCAGACAAUGCUAAUCGUUCCUUGGACAACCAACUGGGAUGCUCGGGUGUCCAGAACCCCUAUGUCAUUUUGACUAAUGAGUGCAAAUUUGUCGACGUGCAAACUUUGAAGAUGCAGGAACUUGCAGAGGAUGUACCUACUGGUGACAUGCCUAGACAUUUGCAGCUUAAUGUAACCAGAUACCUUUGCGAUCGGGUUGUUCCGGGUGAUCGUAUCUAUGCUCAUGGUGUGUUGACUUCUUACAACACAAGCAUAAAGACGUCUGAUUCUGAUGGUAUUAAUCAUUCUUACUUGCAUGUUUUGGGUAUCCAAAAACAUGCUCAGGGUAAGGGAGAGUGUCUGGAAUUCGACGUUGAAGAGACCAACGAUCUUGUACUCUUGGCCUCGCAACCUGAUAUCCACGAAAAGAUCUUUAAAUCAAUCGCACCAGCGCUUUAUGGCUUGGAGGAUGUAAAGAAAGCAUGUGCUUGUGCAUUAUUUGGAGGAACAAGAAAGGAGAUUGGUAGUGAUACCAAGAUUAGAGGAGAUAUUAAUGUUUUGAUGCUUGGUGACCCUUCUGUGGCCAAGUCACAGGUCCUGAAAUUUGUGGACAAUGUCGCCCCUAUUUCUGUUUAUACAUCAGGAAAGGGAAGUAGCGCAGCUGGUCUCACGGCUGCCGUUGUCAGGGAUUCAAUGGGUGUAUUCUCACUGGAGGGUGGUGCUAUGGUUCUUGCUGAUGGAGGUGUAGUCUGUAUUGAUGAAUUUGAUAAAAUGAGGGAUGAUGACGCAGUUGCAAUACAUGAAGCCAUGGAGCAACAGACAAUUUCUAUUUCAAAGGCUGGCAUCACAACAAUGUUAAAUACUAGAUGUUCUGUUAUAGCGGCUGCGAAUCCUACCCUUGGCUCUUAUUCUGAUAACACAGAAACAACGGAACAGCAUGAAUUCAAGACAACCAUUCUAUCACGUUUUGAUCUCAUUUUCCUUUUGAGGGAUACUGAGGAUGUAAAGAGAGACUCUACACUAUGUAAACAUAUCCUAUCACUUCAUACUAACAAAGAAAAGAUUGAGAACUGUCCAAUUCCAAUGAACAAACUCAGAAGGCUCAUCCAGUACUCAAAGCAGGUUGUAUCGCCUAUGCUUUCUGGUGAUGCUAAGGAUUCUCUUCGUAACUUUUACGUGCAAAAGAGAAAGGAAUACAGAGAAGAUAAGAGAAGCUCAACGAGAAAGAUUCCUAUAACUCUCCGUCAGCUGGAGUCUCUUGUACGUAUUUCCGAGAGUUUUGCUAGGAUGGAACUUUCUCCUAUUGCAACAGAAAAGCACGUUCAGAUGGCUAUUGACCUCUUUACAGUAUCUACGGGAGAGGCAUCGAGACAGACGCUCUCCCUUGAAUCAAUGUCUUCCCACGAUCAGAUCCUCGUUAAGCAGGCCGAGGAAGCUAUCCUUAAUAAACUUCAAACCGGACAACGCGCUUCCAGGAGAUUCCUUGUAAGGGAUUUGGGAUCAAAGGGAUACGAUAUGGCGUACGUAUCGAGGGCUAUCGCGAUAUUGGUGAAACGUGGUGUCCUUCAAGAGAGAGGAGAUUUGUCUCUGCGUCGCAUAUCGUCCUGA